AUGGUCAUUCUUCAAGAACCUUUCCUCUCUUCUGAUAAGCUAGAAGAUUACAGAAGGUUCCUAGGCUUUGACCAAGCUGUUUCCAAUAAAUGUAGCAAGUUGUGGUGCUUUUGGAAUAAUGUAUUAGAAUGUGAAAUCAUCGACAAUAGCAGACAAAAGAUUACUCUCAAGAUUAAGGAAGAUGAGCAUACCUACUGGAUCACAGCAAUAUAUGCGAGGAACAAUGUAGCGAAAAGAAGGAAACUAUGGACUAAACUGAGGAGCAUGAGCAACAGAGUUAAUGGACCAUGGACCAUCCUUGGCGAUUUCAAAACUAUUAUGGCUCCAGAGGAAAAGAAGGGAGGCACUCCUCAUACUCUUAGCAAGAGUGCAGACUUUAUUAGAUGCAUGGAUGAUUGUAGAAUGUCUGACCUUGGCUAUACAGGGAAUCCUUUCACAUGGUGCAAUGGCAGCAGGGGAAGAAGAAGAAUUAACACAAGACUGGACAGGGUUCUUAUUAAUGAGGACUGGGCAGAGAAAUUUCAAACCAACAGAGUCGACCACCAUGCCAAAUCAAGGUCGGACCAUAGCCUCAUCACUUUUAAAUUUGGAAAUAAGAACCCUAAAGUUAUCAAAUACUUUAGGUUCCUUAAUUUCUGGACUAAGCAGAGUGAUUAUAAUUCCUUAACUGAAAGCACCUGGAACAAGGAGGUACAGGGAAAUGACCAAUGGAUACUUCAAUAG